AUGAAUCAAUAUGAGCAAUAUUUUGUCUUUCUUCCUGAGGAUGUUGUUGACCAGUUAAAAAACGAGGAAAAUAAAACUGUCCUUAUGGGAUGGAUAGAUAAGGUCAAUAGGCAUAAUAUUGGUCAGUCAAGAUUCAUUAUUUUAACUAAUUACGAAUUAUUUUUAUACCAAAAGGAAAAAUUCAAGAAUGUUGUACAAGAGAAACUACACAUUAACUGGUUUGACGUUAAAUCAAUCGAUGUUAGCAAAGAUCCAAUUUUAACCAUCAAAUACGGCGAACCAAAUGAAGAGGAAGAUCAAAAUAAGUAUAUGCUACGCCUUAAGGGUGAUCUUCUUCAUAGUAUUCUUGAAAAAUUAGAUGCAAUUUUUCUUGGAGGCUUUACAGAAGAAGAAAGACCCGAAAUUACAUACGACCCAACAAUACCUAGAAAAGAUGUUAACAAAAAUCAACUUUUACUUAGAAUGCAACUUCAAUUGUGGAAAAUUGGAUUUCAAUUAUCAUAUGAAGCCAAAAAAGCCAUUUUUGACUUCUUUUCUGCUUCACCGGAUAUGUUUAAACUCGAUCAAAUCAUUCAUAUUGUUGAUUUUCUUCCACAAUUUUUAUCAUCACUCAGUUUCAAGCCUUCUAUAACGAAAAUCAUUGUUCCAAACGCAACAAAGCUACACAUAAACAUAGAUGGCAAAGAAAGACUUGCAGAUCCCAUUGAAGUUAUUGGAUCUUUUCUUAAAACAAAUAAAUUCGUUACUUCGCUCACAUUUGAAGGCAAGAUGCCUGUUACUUUCAGAAAUUUCGUUAACGAUUACUGUCAGACCCCAUCUUUACCAAUUACAGAGUUAAUUUUCAAAAAUUGCGAAUUUCAAGUUUCUCAAAAAGAUGACUUCAGCAGGAUGAUUUCCUAUCAUCCUGUUGAGACAUUACACAUCAUCAGUUGCCUGGCAGAGAACGUUGUCAUUCCUUUCUUUUCAAUUUUCUCAUCUCCAGGUUUUGAACAGAUAAAGACCUUAACAAUCGAUGGAUCCUACGGUGUAGAUAUAGAAAACCUCAUGGGAUCACUCGGAAAUGUUGAAGAACUAUCAAUGGUCGAUUGUAACAUUGAACUUUCGGAAUUUUUUGUUUCCCUUUCAAAAUUGAGAGAAUGUAAACUUCAGCGGUUAACAUUGAAUAGUAACAAGAAUGUCCAAAUUAUUCCGGAUGGUGUAGUUAUCCCUAAUAAUCUAUUAAACAUAAGAUUAUCGAAUAUUGCAUGGGAAGAAGACUCAUUUAUAAAAUUAUUCUCAUUAUUAGCGGAAUCAUCGACCGCUAUGUAUGAUUUCAGUAAGGCAAGAAUGUCUAAAGCAUCAUGGGAACGUUUCUUCAUGACAGUUUCAAGGAAAAAGUCGAAUCAACUAAAAGAAUUUAUUUGGAGCGAGAAUCCAAUUCACGUAAGUCUCUUUAAGUUCUUACUUAAAUGUCCUGUCCUCCAAACAUUAGUUAUCAAUGGCUGUUUGACUGAUGAACCACAAGAUAAAGAAAAUAGAUUAUAUUUGAAGGACAUGAUCAAGAAAUCGAAGACAUUACAAGUAUUAAGUAUCAGAGGAACACCAAGAAAACACCUUGGAAAGGUCGGCAUCGCAACAAUCCUCUCAGCCAUUGCAGAAUCCCAGAAUUUGAGAAGAUUAGGCAUCAGAAAGCAUCAUGUUGGUCCGGUUCUGCUUCAUUUCUUAGCAGAAUGCCUUUCUACCAACAAAUCACUUCAAUUUGCUGCAAUUGACGGCAAUGAUAUCCUUGAUCUUUCAGCUUACACAGAAUUCUUUGAUGAAAUCAGAUCCAAGCACAGGAAAUUCGUUAUUGAGUGGCCAGAGGAAGAAAUGAGAGACAUUCUGCAGUUCGGAGACGCUGAUGAAGGUGAAAUCGAAAUUGCAAAACAAAAACACGCCAAAAUGAUGGAAGGAGACUCCAGUGUAGUCAGAUUAGCUCCAUCGCAACAGAAACAGCAGCAGCAACAACAAAGAAAGAGAAUGAACAAAUCAGAAAAAAUUGUCAAACUUUCCGAACUCAGAGAAGAAGGAAAUUUGGCCGACGACGAACAAACAACCAGAAGAGAUUCAACUUCAGAAAAAUCUCCAAGAAAAUCUGAUGCAAAAACCGAAAAAACUUCUAAAAUUUCUGAUACAAAAUCAGAAAAAAUACCAAGAAAAUCUGACGCAAAAAGUGACAAAUCUACAAAGAAACCUGACACAAAAAGUGACAAACUUUUACCAAGUAAAAGUCAAACGAUACAAAAACUUAAACAAGACAAACAGGAUGAUGACAAAAAGAGAAGAAAAUCAGAAGUUCAAAUCAAAGACGAUAAGAAAAGUGACAAAGACAAAAAACACGAUGAAAAGAAAGAGAAACACAAGAAAGAAGAAAUCGAAGAGAAGCCAAUCGAUAAAAAGAAGAAAGAUAAAGAAGAUAAAAAUAAAAGAAGUAAAUCAUCAGAUCAAAAACAUAAAGAUGAAAUUGUAGAACAAAAAAGUGACAAAAAGAAGAAUAAAAGUGACAAAGACGAUAAAAGUAAAAGAAGCAAAUCCACUGAUCCCAAAAUCAAAGAAAAGACUGAUAAGAAAAACGAAAAAACCGACAAAAACAAGAAAGAUAAAAGUGACAAAGAAAAACCACGUAAAUCAAGUGUUGUUUAUGAUGAAAACGAUAAAAGAAAACGUGACAAAUCCGAAGAUAAAAAGAAACAGAAAAUUCCAGAAGAGCAGAGAAGGAAGAGCAAAACAUUAGAUCCAGAUGAUUACAGAUCAGAAAAGAAAGAAGAUAACAAGAGAUCAAAGACACCAAUUAACGAGAAGAAGAAGAGAAAUUAUGACAAUGACGAUUCUAACGAAGAAGAAAGGACAAGGUCAUCAUUUUAUGAUGACGAAAGAGAAGAAAGAAGAAGACGUGCAAAGUAUAUCGAUGAAGAUGAUGACGAAGCUGCUUUCGACACAUUGGAGAAGAUGCAGAAUAAACAGAGAAGGAAAAGAAUGAAAGAAAUGGAAAAUGAAUCAAAUGAAAAACCGAAGAAGAACAAAAAGGUUUAA